CUAAUAAGACAUAAAUAAAAUAAUUAGGCAAAACACACAUAUAGGCUGUUCAUCUACUUUAUCAAAUUACAUCUGACCAGAAAUUGAGCAGGCCAAAUUGGAUCUGGAGGGAUGGCGUUUAGCUUUAGCAACUGAAGGUGAGGGGUCCAGUGGAGCUCAGAGUGGGCAGUUGUCUGGAGCUGUGCGUUCCUUUGAUAUUAAUAACUUACGACUACUGCCACCGUUUAAUGAGAAAGAUCCCAAUACGUUUUUCUUGAUGUUUGAGCGUGUCGCUAAGGCUAGGGGUUGGCCUGAUGAAGAUUGUGCCUUGAUGCUUCAAUGUGUGCUUACGGGACGGGCGCAGGAAGCUUAUUCUUCGUUGAGUACAGAGGAUAGCUCAGGCUAUGCGACUAUCAAGUCUGCCGUGUUAAAAGCGUAUGAGUUAGUGCCAGAGGCAUAUCGCCAACGUUUCAGGUCCGGGGAGAGACGUAGUGGUCAAACUUAUAUGGAGUUUGCUCGGGACCUGACUGGUCAUUUUAAACGGUGGUUGGCUGCGCUGGAGGUCACAACUUUUAAGGGUCUGUGUGAUCUUGUGGUUUUGGAGCAGUUUAAGGAUAUGCUUCCUGGUUACAUUGCAACAUAUGUUAGCGAGAAGCAGUGUGUCACGCCGGCAGGUGCGGCUACAUCAGCCGAUGAGUACUUGUUGAUUCAUAAAGGAGGUUUUAGAGAGCGGGCUACAACGCGUGAGCGUUCUUGGAGAGUUGGUGCGUCAAUCUCGGAGGCGGUAUCGCGAGGUGAUUCUGUCCACACUAAUUGUAACUACUGUCAUGAAAAGGGUCACUGGAAGGCUGAUUGUCCGCUCCUGUAUUUUAAAAACAAACCUGGAGUAUUGAAGGUUAAGCCUGUGGCAGCCGCUGCAGGAGUUGUUGUGGACUGUCUAUCGGAGUUGCUUACUACAGGAGCUUUUGUAAAAACUUCUCUACAGUGGUCUUUCCUCUGACGGAGUUGUUGAAGGCUAAUGUAAAGUUUUUGUGGUCUGAUGAGUGUCAGCAAGCCUUUGAAAACAUUAAGUCUUUGUUGUGUUCGUCUCCCGUGUUACUAGCACCGCGGUUUGAUAAACCCUUCAUGAUCCAAGUGGAUGCCAGUCAGUUUGGGGCGGAUGCUGUUUUGCUGCAGGAGGAUGGUCAAGGACUGGCGAGACCAGUUAGCUUCUUUUCGAAGAAAUUCAACCGUUAUCAGCUGAAUUAUUCGGUGAUAGAGAAGGAAGCGCUGGCACUCGUUUGGUCUUUGCAGCAUUUUGAGGUGUACGUUGGUGGGAGGCCCCUUGUGGUCUACACGGAUCACAAUCCGCUGACAUUUUUGCAGUCGUUUAAAUGUCCCAAUCAGAGACUCAUGAGGUGGUCGUUGUUUUUGCAAGCCUAUGCGCUGGAGAUUAGACAUAUUAAAGGAGUGGAUAACGUAAUAGCUGAUGCGUUGUCACGUGCCCCUCUGCUCUAGGUUGAUAUUGCAGUCUUUUGUUGUUGGUCUUCUGUUUUUUUUGUGUGCCUGUUCUCUUCCUUUGCUUCCCAGGUAUCUGGUUUUGCUGGAGAUGGGUCGGGGGUGAGCUAUCGUCCCGGCGCAAGUUGGAGGUCAACGGUUCCUUUCUGCUUGGUACAAGUCUGUGUAUUAUAGUAUGGUGAUUCUGGUAUCACUUGUUUUUUCUGUAUAAUGUUCGGUUGUGACGGCUGGUGGUGGUGGUUGGUUUUGCCGUUGGCUCUUUGGGCCAUCGGCUUUAUGGGGGGCGGUGUGACGGCCCUGUGUAAUCUGGCAGGGCCUCUCUGUGGGAGUGAUGACUCUCUGGUCUUACCCAUCUUUGUUUCCAUCUUUGUUUGAGUUGAUUGCAGAUCUGGUGCCACUGGGAACUGAUAACGCUCCACCUGGUCAGACUAGACUUCUCUCUCUUCACUACCAUCCAGACCUCAACCAUGGCCUGAUCACCCCGCCUGCCAUAUCUUGUUUUGGGUUUAUUUAAAUUGUCGAUAUGUCUGCUGCCAGCUGCCUGCUGACUGAAGAUCAGUUUCUGUGCUCCAUCUGUCUGGAUGUGUUCACCGAUCCAGUGACCACUCCAUGUGGACACAACUUCUGUAAAACCUGCAUCACUAAACACUGGGAUAGUAAUGUCCGGUGUCAGUGUCCCAACUGUAAAAGGCUUUUCUACACCAGACCUGAGCUGCAGGUGAAUACCUUCAUCUCUGAGAUGGCUGCUCAGUUCAGACAGUCAGCUCAGCAGAAAGCCAGCAGCAGCAGCAGCAGCAGCAGCUCAGAGCAACAAGUGUCCAAACCAGGAGAAGUUCCCUGUGACGUCUGCACUGGAACCAAACUGAAGGCCCUGAAGUCCUGCCUGGUGUGUCUGGCCUCCUACUGUGAGACUCACCUGGAGCCUCAUCUGACAAUGUCAGGUCUGAAAAGACAUCAGCUGAUCGACCCUGUGGAGAACCUGGAAGGCAGGAUGUGUACGAAGCACGAUAAACUGCUGGAGCUGUUCUGUAAGACCGACCAGAUGUGUGUCUGCAUGCUCUGCACCUACUCAGACCACAAGACACAUGAUGUUGUUCCUCUGAAAGAAGGAUAUGAAGGAAAGAAGGCCGAGCUGGUGAAGACAGAGGCUGAAAUUCAGCAGAUGAUCCAGAAGAGACAAAUGAAGAUUAAGGAGAUCAGACACUCGGUGGAGCUCAGUGAGGAAGAUGCAGACAGAGAGAUAGCAGAAGGUGUUCAGGUCUUCACCGCUCUGAAGGAGUCUGUUGAGAGAAGCCAGGCCGAGCUCGUCGACAUGAUCAAAGAGAAGCAAAGAAAGACAGAGAAACAGGCUGAAGGCUUCAUCAAACAGCUGGAACAGGAAAUCUCUGAGCUGAAGAAGAGAAGCGCUGAGGUGGAGCAGCUCUCACAGUCUGAAGACCACCUCCACGUCCUCCAGAGCUUUACGUCCCUUAACGCCGCUCCAUCCACCAAGAACUGGACAAACAUCAGUGUCCGUCCACCUAAAUACGAGGGGACUAUGGUGAGAGCUGUGUAUCAGCUCGAGGAGACGCUCAGUAAACUGAUGAAGAAGCUUUUUGAGGCCGAGCUGAAGAGGGUCCAGCGUUAUGCAGUGGAUGUGACACUUGAUCCUGAUAUAGUACAUCCCAAACCCACCCAGAAAAAUGAUAGAGAACAGGUAAAUCAGGGGAACGAGUGUAGAUGUGUCUUAUCAAAGCAGGCUUUCACUUCAGGAAGGUUUUAUUUCCAGGUUCAUCUUAAGAAGUGGUCAGAUUGGACUUUAGGAGUAGCCAGGAAGUUGACCAACAUGAAGGAAAAAACCAUACUGAGCCCGUCAAAUGGUUACUGGACUGUAUGUCAUAAGUGGAAAAUGUUGGGUACCAGUGGGUACUAUGCUCCUGGUGGCCCUUCAGUCUGUCUCUCUCUGAAGACAAAACCUCAGAAAGUGGGGGUGUUUGUGGAUUAUGAGGAGGGUCUGGUCUCAUUUUAUGACAUUGAUACUGCAGCUCUUAUCUACUCCUUUACUGGCUGCUCUUUCACUGAGAAACUCUACCCAUUCUUCAGUCCCUGCCCGAAUGAUGGUGUUAAAAUACACAGCCCUAAUGAGAGUUGUGUAUUACAAUGAAAUGGGAAGCAAUUGUUCUGGCUAAAUCCAGAAUUUUAAGCCCUAACUACCAUUGUUGUAUCACCUCUGCAUGAGACAUAAUGCCAGUCAGGGAAGGACUGUUGAUUAAAUAUCCGAGCCAGGUCCGACAGCCUAGCUCUAGCAGGGAUGAUUUUUCAUAAUGAUUAGCCACAAUUCACUUUUGACAAUGGACAGUUUAAGAAAGAUAUAUUUGCUUCAGAGUAGAUUAAUUUGAUUAAAUUAUUAUUUGGAAUGAUUGUUUAAAUUAUGUAAGGGGUAAUGCCUGAUGAUAUGUCCAUUAUCAGGAAUCCUGCUCAUACCAUGGCCUCUUGCCAAAGAAAAGAAUGUGUUUUGCAAUUAAAAUCUAAACUAAUACUAGAACAAUCAUUACCAUCCCAUGAGGUUAUUGAGAGAUCCAGCUAAGUGGAAGUGGUUUUAGAUUUGUUUAUUUUUAUCUAUUUUGUAAACACAAUAUAUUCAUGUCACUGUCAAAAAAUAUGUAAAUUGGAAUUGCUUUUGAGAGUCACACCCACCUGAGGCUGUUGGUUAUAUAACUACUUGCAUCAUUUGUAAAGUGGAAUUAUUCAAUUCAAUUGUAUGUCUAGUAUCAAAUCAUAACAAGAGUGACCUCAAGACACUUUACAGAGAGUAGGUCUAGACCACACACCAUCAUUUACAAAGACCCCAAAAUUCCAGUAAUUCCCCCAAGAGCAAACAUUUGACAUUUGACUUGAUGACAUGAGAUGAGGGUCAUGGGUCACCACAAUCAUAAACACCUGAGGAAGGCCAAAUUUUGGGCUGAAACACUGUGUGUGCCUGAUUCUGCACCAUCAUAUCUUUUCAGAGCAUUAAACUGGCGUUCGGACUUCACCUUAUUUGAAUACUCAAUUUUCUUUGUCCUGCACGAGCCACCACAUGGAUGUGCACAACAUUGUGUUUUUUUUUUAACCCCUUAAAUGCCUCAUUGGCCAGAGAUACAAAAAAUAACAAAAUAUAUUAAUCAAACAAUGAAGAAAAGACCCAUACAUAUUUGACAUAAGAACUAUGUGUCAAUUUCUGGAAGCCAACCAGAUCAUCUGACAGAAGCUGUUGCAGAGGCCUUUACCAUUAAUUCUGUUUCCAACAAACUUUGCUUCUAACUUUAUCAAGACCUUUUGAACUUUCUGCCUUAAGCAUGCUUAAAAAUAUAGUAUACCUUGCUAAAGGACAGCUUGUUAAGGAUUUUUUACGCAUUGUAAAUAUAUAAAAAAGUCUCAAUAUAUACUAUAUAUACAAUAUAUAUAUACAUUUUCAGGUUUCAUUGUUUGUGUUUUUGAGUAUAUCCAAUAAUUAGGAGAUGUAUUGCUUGUAUUUAGGUAUAUCCAAUCAUACAUAGUGUUUAUCGCUCCAACUGUGUAAAAAGGAGACACAUAAGUGUGAAAGUCCUCUUCUCUCGCUGUUUUUGAUUUGUGCCGGUUACCUGUUUUUGAUAAGAUAGUUCGAGAAAGAUAGGGAGGAUGUUUGUUGAUUUCCAUCUAGUUGAUCAUUUUUAGAAGCCUUUUUCUUGUGUGAUUGCAUGAUUGUCAAUCUUUAAAUAAAACCAGAUUGUACACUCUACAAUCCAACCUAAA